AUGGACAAGCUGAACACGGCAGGGGUGGAGUCCACCUCUGAGCGUCAGGACGUUGGCCCCUCCUCCUCCACGGCAGCUUACCAAUCGGAGCACGCUCGUGUGCAGCGGGAGUUCGAGUUCACCAUGGCCAUGGCCAACCUCAUCUCGGAGCUGGUGCGCGUCAUGGGCUGGGACCGCAACCGGCAGCUGCCCCUGACCUCCACACGCGCAAGCAGAGGGGUUGAGGAAAUAAAUAACGAAAUCCAGAAACACACCGUCCGCUCCAUCUUUCAGCCGCGCUUCUCAGCUUCGUCUUCUUUCAUGGCCACUACAGCAAUGGCUGCGGUCACGCCACCAAAGAAAAAGAAAACGGCAAACGGUUUCAAGACGCGUUCUGACUUCACUUCUCGUUCAGCUUAUGUGGAGUAUGUGCAGGACAACCUGAAGAGUGGCAUGAUGGUCCGUAUGCUGGAGGACUAUGAGGAGGUCAGCGCCGGGGAUGAAGGAGAGUUUCGUUACAGUAACGACGGCUCGCCGCCGGUGCAGAUGGUAGAGCUUGAUGAGUCGACUCUCAUCCAGCUGUCCCUCUCGAGUGAAGUGGCGCGGAAAGUCCUCCACUACCUGAAACAGAAUUUGCAGGCGUCUUGUCUGGGUGACCUGCACUGCUCCCACACUUUCACCAAGCACUACCUGAACUGUGGAGGUGCCAGCCUCGAGGAUGAGGAAAUGCUGAUGGAUAGCUCGCUCGGAGGCCAAGGAGCUUCAUCUUCUUCAUCGUUGUCCUCCGCUACGGCAUCGUCCUCUUCCUCAGCCUCUUCCUGCACCAUGGGCUCUGUGUCCAAGAAAGCUAAGAAAGAGAUCCCAGCAGACACGGGCAGCGAGACAGAAAGUGAACUUCCCACUGAAGAUGACACAAAGUAUCCUGAUGACCUGGAGGAGAAGAUGAAAGUGUUCAACAGUCCGAAGGUGCAGGGUAAGAAGAGCUCCAUAGAGAAGAUGGGGGAGGUGGUGGACAUCAUGAAGAAGAGCAGCUCAGACUCAGGACUGCAGCUGGCUGGUAUGAAGGUCAUCAGUAAGAUUCUGGAGGAGGAGGGACCUCAGGAGAGAAGCAGCCUCAGAUCAGACUCUGCACAAACCAUCCGUGACAAAGUCUUAAAGAUGUUGGUGGAGAUGAUUGGCAGUCAGCCCAAGCAGAACGCUGUCACUGCGCUGCUGCUGACCCGCAGUCUAAUGCUGAAAUACGAGUGGAGGGUCUCAUUCGCCACAGAGGGGGGUGUUAAAGCCAUCCUGAGCUGCAUGCAGGAGUAUACUACCUGUAUACAGGUGCAGCAGAUUGCGCUGGCGACUCUGAAGGUCAUCACAGGUGCCAGUAAACAUGACCCUCGCAGUGUAGGUGGCUGUCUGCCCCUUUCUGAGUCUGGCACUCAGAUGAUGCUAGAGAUUUUUGCGAGCAUAGGCUCUGCUACACCUGAAGGCUCCAAAGGGCUCCUGUGUACCAUCCCUUCUGCCAUUGACCUCAUGCUCAGCACGGCAGGUUGCGGUUUGUCCGUGCGGAACGGGCUGCUGGUCAUCAUCAUGCUGAUUUCCAGCCACAAGAGCCUGGCAGAGCAGCUAGUCGCCUGCAAUGUCAGUGCCACGCUAAAGAAGUGCCUUUCUGCUCAGAAUCAACACAGCAUGCUGGCUAUUAUCGCCCUCAACCACAUCUCCAUGGUUCACAAACUGGAGAAAAAAGAGUCUCAAGAUGAGCAUGACUUUAAGGACACAGAGCUGAAGAUGUUGGUGGUGAGUCUGAAGGAAAUGCCAGCCACUAAAGAGGUUAUACUGACCCUGGAGCAGCUGCUCUGUGACGACGCCUCCCAGCUGGAGGAAGAGAGAAGCGAGGUAACGCGCAGCAGAGACACCUUCCAGGACCUCAUCCGCCUCAUGGACCAGCACAGAGCGGAUCGGGCUGCACAGCUGUCCAUCCUGAGGAUUUUGAACAAGUUUUUGGAUAACUACCAGGAGGAUCUGUUGCCGUGGCAUGAGAGUAUUGAGCCUUGCCUGUCAUCUAUGACGGCCUUUGUCAGUGACAGAGAGGUCGUACAGCAGUUUAUCCGCUUCUUAUAUCGACUUGCAUCUCUGAAUAAAGACUAUGCUGUUGUGAUGUGUCGGCUGGGCACCAAAGAGGCUCUUAUCAAAGCCGUGGACAAACACAGCACCAGCUUGCUCAUGGUCACAGAGCUGCGGGACCUGAUCAACGACUGUGAGAAGUACGCCAGCCUCUACAAGAAAAUGACCACCAGUGUGCUGGCUGGAUGUAUACAGAUGGUCCUUGGUCAGAUUGAAGAGCAUCGUCGCAGCCAUCAGCCCAUCAAUAUUCCUUUUUUUGAUGUGUUCCUGCGGAACUUGUGCCAAGGCUCCAGUGUGGAACUGAAAGAGGACAAAUGCUGGGAGAAGGUGGAGGUCUCCUCCAAUCACCAUCGAGCUAACAAGCUGACAGACAAAAACCCCAAAACCUACUGGGAAUCCAAUGGCUGUACCGGCUCCCAUUUUAUCAACAUUUACAUGCAUAAAGGGGUGAUCAUCAGCAACAGCUAA